AGCAUCACUGGCGCUGCUAUACGCGCCGCAGCCGACAUUUCUCUCACUAUAUCUUAAUGUAAAUGUGAACUGCACUCGAGAAACAGGUUGAGACGACCCUGGGAUGAAUCUAGCACAGUGACAUCUGGGAAUCGCUGCGGAUCUAGUAUGCAAACAGCAAUGGCGUGCAGCUGUUGAAGUCUGAAAUCACGCAUGUUAUGAAUCCCUGGGACCCCAUUACUUACACAGUGACACCUGCUGCUAAGAUUUUAGCAAGAUGUGUAACAUCAGGCACCAUGACACAGGAGGAGCUUGAUGCUAUCCCACGGGAAUCAGAAGUCUUCUCCUCGUCUUUACUUGAAGCUGAACAGCUCAGCAGAAUUAGACAUGAUCUUGAUCAGACUAAUUUAGAUUUAGAGCUGCUGAGGCUGGAAAGAGACGGUGCAGACGUCACUCACAGUCAUUACCUCAGUCAGAGGUUUGCUUCCUUGCAACAGUUUACUUCCCACCUUCAGGAAGUGUUGCGAGAACAGACAGUCCUGCGAGAGAGACUUACAAAGCCACUGUGUCAGCAGAACCUGCCCAUUCAGGCUGAUCUUCACAGAUAUGUGGUAGAGCUCAUGGGGAUGGUGGUGGAGUUUAUUCAGAACUUGGAAGUGAAAAUUAAGAUGGUUCGAGAAAUUCCAAACACUGAUAGUUAUCUGAGUGAUCUGAACAACGGCCGAACUCAACUGCUGGCUCAGGUCACUGAGGUCGAGAACCUGUACAAGCAAGUUCUUAAGCGACGAGGACAUUCACAGACACGUCUAGUUGAUAAAGAUUUUCAGAAUGAAAAUCACUCACUGUUUGUUCAGGAUACUAGUGGACAGUAAAAUAAUAAAAUGAACUAAUUACAAAAUCAUUGACUAGAUUUAGUAUACAUUUUUACAUUUGUAUUUUCUGUAAACAUCUAACUAUAAGCUUUCACAUUUUGUUUAAUAUUGUCUCUAUUCCGUGUACCUAGUGGUUGGUGACAAGGAAUUUGGUGCAUUAGAGAGAGCUGAUUUAUGGAGUAUAUUCUGUGGCAGUAUAUACAUUUAAAUUUUUUGUAUGUUUUUCUUUUAUAAUAAUAAUAAAUAAAUGUUCCACAUUUCAAACCAAAA